CAACUACCUACCUGCCUAAAAAACUAACCCACUAACUAACCAAUAAAAGAUUAUUUACAGAAAAGUUUUCCUAAAAAGAUGUGUUUUAAGAUCGCGCUUGAAUUGCAACAAAUUUUCACUUGAACGGAUUUCUAGCGGCGGUGCGUUCCAUAGUCCAGUCAUCAUCUUGUCUGACCGUAGUAUUUUUCUUUUUCCAUUUCCGGUGUUUUGAAAUCCUCCCUUUGAGAGUUUGCGAAGUGUCUUUAAUGUUGCAGUUGUGAUCAGCUGUGAUCAGUGAUCGGCAGGCAUCGAUUACAUUUUUUGGAAACUUAAGUAUAGAUUAGCAACGGAAAAGAAGGGCAAAUGUCGUUUCAAAACUCGUUCAAAUUCAUGAGUGAAACAAAGUACGGAGCGAGGUAGGAUUUCGUGACCUCCUUGAAUCCUUCUGAAAAAAUCCCUUCGUUGCCUAAAUGGAGCGCACGUUUUGCAAUUUGGUUUAUAAGGAAAUCGAUUGAACAAAUAAUCCCCACUCUUUUAUCGAUCGGGAAAAUUUUUAGCCUUAUAUUCUGAAAAUGAAAGUGAUAAUAAUUUGUAGAAGGGUUGUUAAUUGUUGUACAAUCCGUUUCUGGGUCAGGGAGUCCCCCAUUUAUCACGUGUACGGCAAGUGACCCGGUAUAUCGUGAUAAUGCAUAUCCAUAUUAGGUAAAGUUCGCCAAUAUUGACCCGAGUAACCGAGUCCGACCGAGCCUUGCGUGCAGCCGGCGCGCUUCACACUCCCCUCCGUAACCCUAAUAUUCGCUCAAACGGCUGUGGUUUGCCCUAAUUUACAAUGUUCAAAGCACUGGGAGAUCCUUCUUUCGUCGCUAAAUUCCAGCAGACGUUUGGUUUAAGGAGGAUAGAACGCGAGAAAGAUGUCCUCUCAACGAUGCGUGAUCAGGACUCCUCGUCAUUUAGAAAUGGACAUAUUUCAGAUACUCAAAGCAAUCAUCUUCUCUCGAACGGUUCAAAUCACGCCCAUCAGCGAAACGGAUUCGUGAAGCCUGGGCCACUAGAAAAGUCCAAAUCAGCUGGCGAGGAAAAGAAAAUCGACGAGUUGUACGAGUACAACAGAUUUUUCCACGCACUUUUCGUGUUUGGUUCAACCCUGGGCUACGAGUCGUUUUAUCUCACAUUUUUUCCUUUCUUGAUUUGGAACAUUGACGAAUACCUGGCUCGGAGAACUGUUAUUUUAUGGGCUGUUAUUAUGUACGUAGGUCAGAGUGCAAAAGAUGUUAUUCAGUGGCCAAGACCACCUUCUCCUCCCGUGAUUUCUGUGGAGAAACGUUUCCAAGUAGAAUAUGGCAUGCCGUCGACACACGCCAUGGUGGGGACAAUAAUUCCGUUUUGUUUGGUGUAUUUUAGUUACGAUCGUUACCAGUAUCCCCUUUACAUUGGUGUAAUAUUUGGCAUAUGUUGGUGUGUUCUGGUAUCAACCAGUCGUCUAUACAUGGGAAUGCACACACUGCAGGAUCUUCUUGUUGGCAUUGCAUUUGCUGUUGUUUUACUUGCCACUGUGAUUCCACUUCUGGAUGUGUCUAUUGACAGAUGGGUGUUCAGUUCUCCAAACACGCCAAUUUUUCUCGUAGUAGUUCCAAUAAUCCUGAUCCUUAUGUAUCCAACACCACCAAGAUACACUCAGACGAGGGCAGAUACUGCCACUAUUCUAUUCGGAGCUUGUGGGGCACUGCUUGGUACUUGGGGAAGGUUCUACUUUCAAGGGGUGCCUGACCCGUACCGAGGAGCACCAUACCCAAUUCGAAUUCCCGGUCAGGAGGAAAUGUUUUGGAUGAUGUGCAAGUUUUUGUUUGGUGUGGCUGUGAUUAUUCCAACACGUGCAGUGAUGAAGUCAACAGUGCAUACAGUCGUGCCAUGGCUUCUUGCAGAGACUGAUCCAAAGAAGAUGAAAUCUGUUUCAGAAAUGCCCCAUCGCUUCCUCACCUAUACAACAGUUGGCUUCACUGCAGUCUUCUUUGUUCCCCACAUUUUUGCUUAUGUUGGAGUUUGACUGUCUUACAGUACCCUCUAUUACUAGUGAAGUCAUGGACCGAUGCCAGUAUGUGAGGAACUGUAAAACUGCUCCUCCCUCGACACAACCACAGUCAAGGAGUGAUAACAAGUUGGGGUUAAUCUUGGACUGGGGGGGGGGAGGGUCUGUAGUUACUCAGAUACUAAAAUUGAUCCAAAGUCAUUAUUGAAAGGGUACAGACAUGAUUGAACCUCAACCAUUUUAACCAAUUUUUCUUCAGUGCUACUAUAAAGUAAAAUAUGAAAAUUUUAAAUUAUCCUUUUUUAGAAUUUGUUACUAUACUUUCAUAAAACUGCAUGAACAUAGAGCUAAAAAUAUAUUAAACUAAUGCAGUUUAGGGUUGGUAACAAGCAUGGCUAAGUAUCUGGUUGAAUGCACUGUCAACCUUUUUUCAUCAGAAAUUAAAGGCUUCAGAUUUUGUGGACUGUUUACCAUGUCUCUAUGGUAUCAAAACUUACGGUGUUUCAAAUUGUUGAUGUUGUACAUAAUAUACCAGUAGUAAAAAGUGAAUAUUACAGGUGAUAAAAUUGUAGAAAUGUCAAAAUUGAGCUGUAGCUGAUUGCUGUUUAGAGCUGUAACAAUUUCAAUGGAUUUUGGGCAUAUUUUUUAAUUUUCUCUUCUUCUGAAACUAUACUUAUGUGGGAAGCAAAAUACCAGAAAAAACAUUUUUUCCAUGUUAUUAAUGGUGUGGGAUUUAUAUCAAUAAUAGCUAUCAUUUUAAUUGUCAAGUUCAAAAAAAUAGCAGCGCUCAAUAUUGUUAAAAAAUGUUGUGCCCCAAAAUAAUUGUUGACCUAUUUGUCUUCGUUCUGCAUGAUAACUAUACUCUUUUUAGAAGUAAAGUUUUUCCAAAGAAUAUUUUGUUGCAUGCCAUCUAAAUAUCUCUUUUAAGCUUAGCAACUUUUGUAUUGUAUUACCGAUCCAUACAUUUGUAUUUAGGAACUGUUCACUUGUCAGAAUUGUUUCUGAUGAAAAGCUAUGUAAAUAAUAACAAAGUCCUUUCCACCUUACUAGGUUGUACUGUACACUGCUAUUUCAAAUAGCACUUUCUUUCUCUACUGAUGUUAAAUUAGGAUAAAAUGUUAACUUAGGAGGAUUAUUUUUCACAGCGCUCAUGGAGAACAGGGGUCUGUCAUGAUUGAGUGGGUUCCAGGUUUAACCCUUAAAUCUACAUGAUCCAGUUUGUUUUUCUCCUCACUAGAAGUCAGACAUUUCUUUGAAAAUUAAUUCAGAGAAGUUGGUGUUUUGAAGAUAACCAUCAGGAAGAAAAGUUUAUUUAUUCUUGUUAUUAUUUUGCUACAUAAUGUAAUGAUAUGGGGUGAAGAGAACUUCAGCGUUGGUCAGUUAUGGCCAGGGAUAAGGCUUAGUGUGAAUCAGAUGUUAAUGUUGGGUGUGUAAAAAAAAAUCAUGGGGGAUUUUGUUAAAAAAAACAAUUCAACAUUUUUAUUAGUUAAAAGGGGCCCACUGGAUUCUUUAUUUCAAGUAACACUCAUUGCUUGAUAAGAAACCAACGUAAACCUUUGUUUUUGGAAUAUUGAAUAAUUGUGUAAGCUCAGGCGAAAUGUUGCGCAUCUUGACAGUUGACAGCUCACGGUGGGAUGUCUUAAUAAAUACAGAAACAAUUAAAACUUCACUAACAAAGAUUCCCUGGUACAUGUUUAUCAUGUUUGUAAUGGUUACAUAAGGAAUUGUCUGUGUCUAUGCAGGAGAGAGUAGAUUAAAGGGACACAAACAGUGGUCCCAUGAUACCAGUCUGUUCCCUUUUGUUUUGAAAAAUCAAGGUUUUGAAUAUUAAUUUUGUCAAGUUGGGGUCAGUUGGGUUGGGGUAAAUCUGAGAUAAAUUCAGGUUGUGGAACUGAAAGUUAAAGCUAAUGGAGCACAUCCCAGCAACCACAGGUGAUGAAAAUACUCACAGAUUUGAUUUUAGUUUAUUGCCCCCCCCCCUCUCUCCCAGGAUUUUUUUACGCCUUCCCUAAUAGAUCACAGGUUCCAAUGCACAACCUCGUGUGAGGAGAGGUACUGUUAGAGUAGUGUUUUGCCCAAGAAAAACUUUUAUUCAUAAUUUUGUGUAACAACAGUUUACAACAUUAUCGAAUAACUCUGUGUGCUGUAAUGUUUGAACACCACAUUAAAUCUUUACUUCCUCAGUUCUUGUAAAUAAGCUUCAUUACUUCCUUUGUAACCAGAAUUUUAAGAUCUGAGUGUAGCACUACCUCAUUGCAAAGUCAAUAAUCUGUUCCUACAAAUAAAAAGAAAAUUAAUACA